AUGGCAAUUCCAGUGAUUGAUCUCAGUGUUCUGUGGGAUUCGCCUGCAGAUGGUCUGUCAGAAGUUGCGCAAAUGUUUACAUGCGCAUUCCAAGAGAUGGGUUUUGCUUAUAUUACCAACCAUCAUGUGCCACAGUCAGUCAUUGAGCGAGUCUUUGCCCAACAUCGUUGUUUCCAUGCUUUGCCAUUAGAAGAAAAGAAUAAAAUUCGUCUAAAUCAAUGGCAUAGAGGUUAUCUUCCAUUAGCAUCAUAUCAAGUCAAAUCAGAAUCAAAAUCUAAAGGUGUAUUGGUGGAGAACACAAAAGCUAUCGUUAAAGCUCCUAACCAAAGUGAAUCGUUUAUUAUUAAUCAUGAACAUUUUGAAGGACCUCCUGAUCUAAAAGAAGAAGAAUUAUUCAAUCGAUAUUUACAAGGUCCUAAUCAAUGGCCUCAUGGUAUGCCGGAUUUUCGUGAAGCUGUAUUGGCCUAUUAUCAUGAAUUAAAAAAAUUGGCUCUGGAAUUAUCCAAAGUCUUCUUCGCGGCAAGUAAAACUGAUUUUAAUCGAUUUGCCUCACACUUUCAACGACCAUCAAUUGGUCUACGUAUGCUGCAUUAUCCACCGCAACCUUCACCGGUGCCUGAAGGUGUAUUUGGUAGUGCACCACAUUGCGAUCAUGGUUUUAUUACUAUUUUAUCUCAGGAUGAUAUUGGUGGUUUAGAAGUCAAAACACCAAGUGGCGAAUGGAUUCCAGCUCCAAAUAUGAUCACAUCAAAUGGUGAAUCCGCUUUUCUGAUUAAUCUUGGUGAUACUGCUUCUAAGUGGACAAACGAUUGUCUGCGAGCGACUCCUCAUCGUGUUAUUAAUCGCUCUGGGCGUGAUCGUUAUUCUAUUGUUUUUUUCUGGGAUCCACAGUUGGAUUUAGUUAUUGAUACUCGCGACUUGGGAACACAUUGGUGUCCUGCUGACAAAAAGCCUAACUAUGAACCACAUACUUAUGGUCAACAUUUGAGAAACUUAUUAUCUAAUAAUUAUGCUGAACUAUAUUAUACAAUAGAUGGUGCUAAUAGCGAACACGACCAAAAUAAAGAAAAGGAUAUGAAUUAA